GCAGGCAGUGGCCAGUGUGACCCCGAGUGUCCAGAGACGUGGUUUUCUGACUAAGUUGCCCCCAGAAGAACAGGAAAGUAGAGCGGGCUGAGGGGACCAAACCCCAGGAUUGGAACCUCUGGUUCAGGAGAGCCCUGGGGAGGAGAGGGGACUGUUGAAGUCCUUGUCCCAAGCCCAGAUAAGGGAGGGAGGAGAGCAAAGAGCUAGUGAAAAAUAAAAGAAGCAGAAAAGAAGGAAGAGAUAACGCAACCUUGAGAGGUAGUGAGCUGAUCAUCGAAGGAAGCAUUCAAAUGUGCCAAAUCAACAUUGAUAACUCAAGAUCCUUUCGGAGGAGUGAAAUCAAUGCCCAUAUCACAGAAGAGGAAAUUGAAGCUGUCAUUUGCUUCAAGCUGAGAUCAUGUUGUGGUUUUAGGGGGUGAGGAAGGAGGAGGAUUCAGAGGAUACCAAUUUCUGGAUAACAAUGAGUGCCAGGGCCACAAGACCCCGAAGCCGGCGAGGGAGGCACGCUCUGCCCGGUGAGCUGGACCCUGUGGCAGAGAGUUCAGAGGAGGCUGAGGCAGCCAGCGGGAGCUCUGAGCCGGGCCCCGUGCCAUCUCAGGGUAGCUGCAGGCCGGAGCUGCUGGGACCUGAGGCGGAGGCCAAAGGGCAGGGUCUGGAGAGCAGGACUGACAGAGAAGUUGAUGGGGACUCUAGCAGGGGAACUGCCCCAGCCCCUGAGGGUUCCCAUGAGCCUGCCCAGGAAGCCCACCAGGCCCCAGAGGCAGCCCCACGGGAUGGGGAGAAUGUCCCCUCUGGACCUGGAGCCUCUGACGUGUUUCAGACCCUCCAGCAAGCUCUGAGCUCUCUGGAAGCGGCUGCUGCUGCCUGGCGCUGCCGGCCCCCAAGCUGUCCUGGGCCGAUGGAGGCAAAGGACAGAAGUGAGGGGGGACCAACACCCUGCUUGGAGCAGGAUGGGGCUGGGAGCUGCCAGCGGGAGGCAGCCCGACUGGCUGAAAGGAAUGCCUGGCUGCGAUUGGCCCUGGGCAGCCGCGAGGAUGAGCUGAUUCGCACAGAGAACUCCCUGAAGGCCUUCCAGGCUGAGAAGGAGAUGCUGCAGAGAGAGGUCCAGGAGCUGCAGGAUUCCCUGCUGAGACUAAAGCCCUUCCCAUCUCCCUCCUGUGACCAAGCAGGUGGCUCAGGCAGUGGUUCCAGCAGCUCUGGGGCUGACGGGGAGACCUGGGGCACUCAGGACCCCUUCUCCCUGGCUCACCCCCUGCUCCGGCGCCUCCAGAGUGAUUCCAGCACCCAGGUGCUUGGGCCUCGCCCCACCCAGCCCCUUGCCCCUGAGAUGCAUAUCAUGGAAGCCCAGAUGGAGCAGCUCCAGGGGAACAUUGAGAAGCUCAAAUGCUUCAACCGUCUGCUGUCGGCUGUGCUUCAGGAGUACAAGGGCCGGUGUGAGGGCCUCAGCAUGCAGCUGGGCCAGCGGGAGGCUGAGGCCACUGCACUGCGUCUAGCCUUGCAGUAUAGUGAACACUGUGAGGAGGCAUACGGAGCCUUGCUCACUCUCCGGAAGGCAGACUCAGGAGCGGGAGAAGAAGCCUUCAUAGAUGACUUGGAGGCAGCUGAGAAAGCAGCUCAGAGGCUCCUGGUUCAGGAGAAGGCUGCCAUGGAUGGAGGGAUACUGCAGGAUCCGCAUCCAAGCCCCGAGGGCAGCAGUGUGGAUAGGCCCACACCGCAGGAGGUGGCUGUCCAGCUCCAGGGCUAUGUCCAGCGUCUCCGGGAAUGCCAUGCUCUGGUGAAGAUUCCCCCAGAGCCUGGCCCCCUCUUGGCACCCAUGUCCACUGUGCCCCGUGCAGAAGCCAUUGUGCAGGCCAUUCUGGGGACCCAGCCUGGCCCAGCCCUGCCCCAGCUGGAGAAGAUGCAGAUCCAACAGGACCUGGUGGCCACGCGGGAGAUCCUGGCAGACCUGAUGCUUCGGCUACAGCUGGUGCGGCGGGAGAAGCGGGCUCUGGAGCUGCGGGAGGCUGCCCUCCGAGCCCAGGGCCCAGCCCACGUGCUCCUGCUGGAGCAGCUGCGCUGGGAGCGGGCACAGCUCCAGACUGGUGGGGCCAACAGCAGUGGUGGAGACAGCAGUGGAGGCGGGAGCAGCGGCAAUGAAGAGGAGUGGUCCCAGGGCCCUCCUACUGUCCCUGGUAGCAGCAGGGGUAUUGAUGGAGGCCAGGUGAGCAAAGUGCAGGACCCAGAAGAGAUAGCCCAGGAACUGUCCGCAUCACUCACCCGGGCUCUGGGCCUGCAGGAGCAGCUGCAGUCUUUGCGGGAAGAGCUGGAAGAGAUGGCUCAGAAGGGGCGAGCCAGACGUGCUCAGAGUACUGAGCUGAAUAGUGAUUUAUGCAAAGCUCACAGUGCUCUGGUCAUGGCCUUCCGUGGUGCCCACCGGAAGCAGGAAGAGCAACGGCGGAAGCUGGAGCAGCAGGUGGCACUAAUGGAGGCCCGACAGGCAGAGGAGCUGGCAGUGCUGGAAGCCACCGCAAGGGCUCUGGGGAGGCCCAGACCACCCUGCCCGCCUCCCCGGCCAGGGGAGACCUUUCUGUAGGCCCUGCUCUGGUCAUGUCUGGACGUGCCAGAUAGUUGUGGCAGGUCACAUUAUAAACUGUUCCGGAGUGAUGUUA